AUGACAACCCUCCAAGACCCAACCAACGCAACCCGCGCAACCCCAACAAUAACCCCCAAAGCCGCAACCCUCCACGUCGGCAGCUCAACCCUCAUCAGCGCCCCAGCAGCCAAAGUCUGGAGCACCCUAACAGACACCUCAACCUGGCCAGCCUGGAACUCAUUUGUACCCCGUGUAACAAUUCGCUCACAACCAUCCAACACAACACCCGAUGACAUCACCAACGACCCCUCCCCAACCCUCCAAAAAGGCACCCGAUUCAUCUUCCACGUCCGCAUGGACCCAACCUCAACCUCCACAAAGCCCCAGGCCGCAACAGACGUCUACGGCCUCGUAACCGAGUGCGCAGCUCCGAACGCCGAGACAGGCGAUAUCGGCCGCAUUGUUUGGACAGUUGAUCCUGAUGCGCCGGGCGCGAUGCCGCAGUCUCUUUUGAAGGCGGAGCGGGUUCAUGAGGUUACGGCUGUUGAAGGUGGGACUGAGGUGCGGAAUUGGGAGGCGCAGGUUGGGUGGCUUGUGUAUGUGGUGAGGGUUAUGUAUGGGAAGAGGUUGAGGGCUAAUUUUCAGUUGUGGGUUGAUGAUUUGAAGGGGUUUGUUGAGGGGUUGGCUGGCGGUGAAGGUGAAGGCCAAGCUGAUGAUCGAGUUGAGGGUGAGGGAUCUGCUUGA